AUGCACACCUUCAACGUCAUCGCUCUCAGCGCCGCUGCCUGUGCCUUCCUAACUCAAGCCAGUCCAAUGGAGCCUAAAGGCGGCAGCUAUGUCAUGAGCGCUCCCGCCGAAGUCAGUUGUGGCAACGACCAAGUUAUAUCCUGCUGCAACACCAAGACCUCAACCACGAAUAAUGGCUCUGCAGAAGGUCUCGUUGGAAUUGCUGGGAAUGUUCUCGAUGGCGUCCUCGGAGGAUCUUGCACUCCUCUUGCCGUUGUCGGCAUUCCGAUCAACAAAGCCUGCGGUAAUAACGUCGCGGCGUGCUGCACUGGAGACCAGGAGGGCGGACUCCUCAACCUCCAAUGCAACAACUUGAACGUUCUCUAA